UGUAUCAGUGUGUGUUGGCCAUGUAUCGGUUUGUGAAGGAGUAGCAGCUGAGCUGGGAUAUGGAGCCCUUCCUUAGGGGCUGCAGAGCGGCUCUGAAGCUGCCGUGGUGGGAUUUGAACCCGUGUCCCCAGAGCAUUAGCCUGGGACUCUGGCCUACUAGUCCAGUGACAUCACCACUACCCCACUGUGUCCACCAAAGGGAGAGGGGACCCCCCGCCGUACAUGUCGUCCUGGGAAAUGAGGCCUGUGACCUGGACUCCAUGGUUUCUGCCAUUGCGUUUGCUUACUUCCUGAGCAAGACCGCACUGGACCGGAAGGCCGCGACUGUGCCUGUCUUGAACAUUCCACGCUCUGAGUUUCCUCUGCGCAGCGAGUGCACUUUCCUCCUCCGGGAGAACCGCCUAUCCGAGGACCUGCUGGUGUUCCGGGAUGAGAUCGACCUGCGCGGGCUGCACAGGGACGGCCGACUGACCCUGACGCUGGUCGAUCACAACGUUCUGCCCAGAGGUGACAUGGCCCUGGAGGAAGUGGUGACGGAGGUAAUUGACCACCGACCCGUGGAGCGCCCUUCGACCCCUGCCUGUGUCGUGACUGCUGAGCCCGUGGGGUCCUGCGCGACGCUGGUGACCGAGCGGAUUGUCCAGAGAGCGCCUGAGGUUCUGGACAGGCAACUCGCUUACAUACUGCACAGUACCAUCGUGCUGGACUGCAUCAACAUGGCUCCAGAGGCUGGCAAGGUCACACCGAAGGACUCCCAGUACGUCGCCGAGUUGGAAUCCAGAUUCGGUGACCUCCUGCCCAGAGCCGCUGCGUUUGACUCGCUGCAGAAAGCCAAGUUUGACGUUAGCGGGUUGACCAUCGAGCAGAUGCUGAGGAAAGACCUGAAGGUUUUGUCCGGCGGGGAUCUUCAUUUGGCCAUGAGUGCUGUCUACAUGAGGCUUGAGGAUUUACUGGCACGUCCUCGCUUGAAGGAAGGGUUUGAGGAAUUCUGUCGAGGGGGCGGCUGCAGUGUUGUGGUUGUCAUGACGAUCUCCUUCAGCCAAAAGAGCGAACCUUUCCGGCAACUGGCAGUCUACAGCGCUCACCACGACUUGAGAGACGCAGUGAGACGGGCGCUGGAGGAGUCGGAGGCCCCGUCGCUUCAGUUGACGCCGAUGGACAGCCCCUGCCCGCAAAUCGGCGCCUAUCGCCAGGGAAACGGGCUGGCCUCCCGCAAGAAGGUCUUGCCCGUCGUCAGGGACUUCCUGAAGGCCCGGGAGGCCUGCCGGGCGUGGGCCGAGGGGGAGGAGGAGGAGGAGGAGGAGGAAGAGGAGGCCUGCCGUGACGAGGAGGGCGACCUGCCCCCCACCCCCAUGAACAGCCUGGUGGAGGGCUGCCCCCUGGACGCCGGCCUGCCCAGGCUGACGCCGGAAGCCGUCUUGGAGAAGUUUGGCAAAAUGGCCGCCGAGGGGCUGUCGUCGGAUCCGGCCUAGCCCGGCUGCCGUUAGCCUGGGGACCCGUUGUUGUUGGACGACGAGGGGGGAGGGGAGAGAGAGAGAGAGAGAGACUGGAAUGGUGGGAAGAGGCCUGUUUUAAAAGCAGUCGUAGUCUCCCCAAGCCCCGUGUGCCAAGAGCCAGCGCCCCCAGUCCGCCAUUUGUUCACUUCACUCCUAUGGAGGCCUCCUUUGAACCCGUCGCUCGUUCAUCUCGUUGGUUCCCCCCGCCACUACCCCUCUCC